CGUAAGACGCAACAUCGCCCCACCCCUAACCGGGCUGGACAGCUAACGCUAGCUCACCGUCCCUAGCGGCAUACCAGCACACCAACUACACACCUGGGGCUUAUUUCUCAUUUUUAGACCCCACAGAGCACAACUACGAUUGUCAGCUGGGUUGUGCAACUUUUAGGGGUUCGUUUGUGGAGCUUGUUUUGUUGACAUCACCUCAGGGCUUGUUAGUGGACUAGCUAACGACACUUGGCCAAAAGAAAGAAAACUGCUCGGCUGACGAUCUCCCAACGGCAUCCCUCGGACUACUAUUCCACUUUUCUGAUGUAUGGAUUUGUGGGUCCACACCCUGGCGCUUUAAGACAGCUCCCGAGCUCGUCUGAAGCACUACAGUCCCACUGUGACCUACACGCCCAACCCACCUGCUCAUAGGACCACCACUCAACAACCCCCCUUUCCCAGAAAGACGACAAUGCCUCUGGGUCUGGGACGAAGGAAGAAGGCGUCCCCCCUGGUGGAAAAUGAGGAAGCUGAGCCCAUCCGCGCCGGCCUCAAUGUAGACGGUUUAGAUGGAGGUGGUGGUGUAGGCUUAGAAGGUGCUGGCUCGGAGGGUUUACCCCCGCCACCAAGCAGCAUGCGGCCGCGUCUCAUCUUCCACACUCAGCUGGCGCACGGCAGCCCCACUGGACGCAUCGAGGGCUUCAGCAACGUGCGGGAGCUUUACACCAAGAUCGGCGAAGCUUUUGGGAUCCCUCCGGCUGAGGUGAUGUUUUGCACAUUGAACACUCACAAGGUGGACAUGGACAAACUGUUGGGAGGGCAGAUUGGCUUAGAGGACUUUAUCUUUGCCCACAUUAAAGGCCAAAAGAAAGAAAUUGAAGUGUUCAAAGGGGAGGAUGCACUCGGUUUGACCAUCACUGACAAUGGAGCCGGUUAUGCUUUCAUCAAGAGAAUCCGUGAGGGCAGCAUCAUCCACCAGAUCCAGGUGAUCAACGUUGGUGACAUGAUCGAGUCUAUCAACGGCCAUCGCCUAAUUGGUUGUCGACACUACGAGGUUGCCAAGAUGCUCAAGGAGCUGCCCAAGGGCAAGAACUUCAUCAUAAAGCUGGUCGAGCCGCUCAAAGCGUUCGAUAUGAUCAGCCAGAGGUCUGGAGGCUCCAGGUCAUCGUCGGGGGUCCAGCUGGGCACCGGCAGGGGAACCUUACGGCUGCGCUCGAAGGGUCCCGCUACUGUCGAGGAAGUGCCCUCCGCUUUUGAGGAAAAAGCCAUUGAGAAGGUCGAUGACCUUCUGGAAAGCUACAUGGGCAUCAGAGACAGCGAGCUAGCGGCCACCAUGGUGGAGCUGGGAAAGGACAAAAAGAACCCCGAUGAGUUUGCCGAGGCUCUCGACGAGACGCUGGGAGACUUUGCCUUCCCGGACGAGUUUGUCUUUGACGUUUGGGGAGCCAUUGGCGAUGCUAAGGUUGGACGGGUGUGAGUGGCGCGUGACUUGACAGAACCCGACAGACUCGUAUGUGUGUGCAUGGUCACUACUUGGAAACACUGCACAAAAGUAUUUUUUUUUUGCUUUAGUUUAUUUUUUAAUAUUCUCUAUACUGUAUACUCCUGCUGUUUAUUUUGUCAUUGGAAAAGACUUCCAUGGCAAAUAUUCUCACUCGGUGGUGGAAGCAAGCAAGUGCAUUUUAAUUUUAUUCUUAUUAUUUUUUAGCUCAUCCCCUUGUAGUUGCCACCUGCGAAUGAGUUUCGGGGCUUAAAACAAAUCAACAAAAAAAACUAUUAAAAUUGUAAACUUUUGAGGGCAGUCAACUUAAAAAUAAUAAUAAUAAUGUUUAUUAUUAUUAUUCAUUAUGUGCCAUAUGUGCCAAACUGCUGCUUGUAGCGAUGUACACUACUGCCAUACCUCGGGCUCCUAUCUCAAUUUUUUUGAGAAGAAAAAAAAACACGUGAACGCAACAGGGACAGACCGCCUAGUCCAAGCUAGAAGUCCCAUCUGAAGAACACAAAAGCAAAGUAAGGCAACAUCAAGCUUUUCAGUGUGGCUCGAGCAUUUCUUGGCAGGUAUAAAAAUGUGUGUGCACGCAUGGAGACGAGAGCGUCCGUGCGGCACAAUGACAAAUGCAGGGGUGAGAAAUCUUUUUCCCUUUCAGGUGGUAAUUUCAGUACUUCAAGGGCCCAACGUGUCUUCAUAUUUUUUUGGGUGUGUGUGUGUGGGGGGGGGGUGAUGAUUCCUCUUGAGUUUUAGUUUUUCAACUUGCGUGGUGGGCUAGUCACGCCCCCUCCCCUUUUCCGCAAUCAAAUGCUAACACAAAAUUUGGUGUUAGAUAGUCGUGCUGACAUGCUCCGUGGCCCGAGACAACAGAAGGCCCCGUUGUAUCUGCGGUGUUGUGUUGUACCGAGCCUCGCUACUCACUCUUUUUCAAGCAUGUUGUAUUAUUAGUUUUUGUUUUUACAUCGACUUUGCUGUUUGUUUGCUGUAUUUGACUUGACCAAAGGAGAAUAAGUUGCCUGUCAAAAAGGUCGUGAUGUUAAGUGUAGCUUGCCUAGCAGUAGUGAUUUAUUCACACAUUCCAUGCUGUCAUCAAGGUGAUUGCAGUUUUACUUUUGAUAACAGUGUUACAUAUACUGUGGACACUGUAUUGUAAAAAGAGGCAGUGUUAGGUUACUUGUUUCGUUAAGGACAGAGAUGCAGUUGAGGUCUUAUGCUACGAAAGUGUAUUGCAUUCAUUUGGUGAAAAAAAAUGUUGAUUUAUGUUUUGGAGGGGCUUUUUUUCUUUUGUAUAUGUAUUUUUUGUUUUCUGUUUUUCAAAAUAAUUUAUGGAGUAUUUUCCCUCCUUUUGGGGAAUUUCUUUUAAAAAAAUAUUCUUUGGAAUAUAUAUAUGUAUGUAUACUGUAUAUAGUCCAGAAAAUUAAAUAUUCCCCAAAAAGUGGACAAAAAUAUUCCCCCAAACAGACAAAAAUAUUCUGGAAAACAAAUCUCUUAAAAAAACCCCAAAAAUCUGAAAAACAUACUGAAAAAACGGAUUCAAAAAAUAUUCAGAAAAACAAGAAGAAAAUCCCUCAAAACAGAAAGAAAUCCCUAAACAAGACAAAAAAAAAACAAUUGGAAAACCAGAAACUAAAAAAAGGAAUAGUCAAAAAAACCAAAGCCCCCCCAAA